CUGUUUUUUGCUACUUCAUAUUUUUUUCCACCGAGAAAUUCUGCUACUUUCAGUACUGGUAGUAUUUGGAAUGGACAAAUCUGCUUGAAUAAUGCAGUACUGACCACAUCAUUUUGUUUGAUCUCAAAUCCCAUUGCGCUCAGAGUAGCUUCAAGACUUCCGCCUUUGCUUCGUAUUAGGGGCCGAAUUGUACCCGUUAUCGUUUUUGAUUAUAUACAUGAAACCAUUAAAAAUGCAAUACAUCACGUCGCAGUAUUACGAUUGACUAGACCAGUGGAUAUGGAAGGCGAACAACGGUAUAUCUCCAUCUUUGAAGACAUGGUACGGAAGGGUCGCUAUUUUGCUGUUGAUGUCCCUCCAGAAUCGUGUUUCAAAGAUAUUUAUUUGUUGCCGCUACCAGCUGGAGAAGACCCACCAGCUUUCCUCUUACCAUUUGAUGGUCCGGGAAUACCGCUACGGCAUGCUGCGAUGAUAAUGUGUGUGAUGGUGAUCUAUGGAACAGAACGACGUCCACCGCUGCCAAUGGAGAGGACAUAUAGUAGAGAAACGGUUCUUUCUCGAAGUCCACAAGAUGCGCAGUUCUUUGGUCAGGGUGCGGGUAUGAUGCCGAGGUUGCGUUCGACAUCGCCUAAAUUCGGCCCAACUUUCCGUGAUUAUGAGAACCUGAGCCCGGAACCUAUUCGUCGAUAUGGCUCACGUGACCCUCUUAGUUUGGCCUCUGAAAGCGAACGAGCUCUUCCAGAUGAUUAUUCUCCACGAACACCUGGUCGUCAUCCUGCAGUGCCUCCCGAGACUGUACUCACCUCGGCAAGAACCCCUGACGAGUCGCAGUUGCCGCCUGAGACAGACACCGCUUCCAGUACACCUCCGGAUCCCCAACAAAUCGACUAUGCUCCUGUUACGGAUGCUGACAAUCUAUUACCAUCGCAGUUCUUCACUAUGUGCAAAGAAGCCGCCAAAGAGCCACCAAAGGUUCCAGCUGUUGAAGAGAUCGAUACGCUUCCAGAUUUGCUUCUGUUCAUUCAACUUAACAGUAAUCCUCGAGAGAUCAGAGAAGUUGUUGGUCGAUUCAUGGCGAAUCCGCGUUAUUUAACUAUAAACUGA